AUGGGAAUCUUCAAGAAAUCCGAUAAAUCCGAUGCCGACUCCGAAGAGUCGAGCCGUCGUGGUCUAUUCGGUCGAUCAAAGAACAAGAGCCCCGCGCAGUCUACCAACCCUUACGCCCAACCUGUCCCUCUCGAUGCCUACACCAAGGCCAAGAUCAACGCCGGUGUAGCUCCCCUCCCGGCGGGUGGCAUGGGAUCCCCCGCCGCGGGAGGACCCCACGAUAUCCCAGGUGAUAACAAGUACCAGGGAGGAGGAUAUACUCCCAACCGCUAUGGUAACCAGGGAGGAUAUGGCAGUGACCGAUUUGGCAGUGGAAGCGGAAGUUCUGGCGCUGGCGCUGGCGCUGGCGCCUCACGAUAUGGAUCAGGAGGCUAUGGAGGUUUAGGCAGCACCGACCCCAACGAUCCCAAUGCCGAUGCCGCUCGUAAUGAGCUUUUCGGUGGUGGUGGUGGUGGUGCCAGUAACGGUGGCCAGGAGACACCCCAACCUGGCGCCCCGCCUCCAUACUCGAACGACCAGCCGACCAACUACGGUGGCGGCAGCAAUGAAUACAGCAUGUCCACCUACCAAGAGCGACAGUUGACCGCGGAGGAAGAAGAGGAUGAACAGGUCCAGGCUACCAAGCAAGAAAUGCGCUUCAUGAAACAGGGCGAUGUUGCCUCCACCCGGAACGCCCUCCGUGUUGCAGCUCAGGCAGAGGAAACCGGUCGUUCAACUCUGGCCCGCCUGGGUGCACAGGGUGAGAUGGUCCACGGCGCAGAGAAGAACUUGGACAUGGCUUCAGUGGAGGGACGUCUUGCGCAAGAAAAGGCUCGAGAAUUGAAGACCCUCAACGGAAGCAUGUUUGCUGUGCACGUCUCCAAUCCGUUUACCAGCGCUUCGCGCCGUCGUGAGCGCGACGAGCGAACACUCAACACGCACCGCGAGGAGCGUGAUCAACGUACCGGAACCCGCAAUGAAGCCUACCAGACCAAUGCCCGUAUGGACCGCGUCUUCCGUGAUAUCGACCGCGAUGCGGCCAAGCAGGGCAAGGGCAAGAAGGCCAAUGUCACCGAGCGAGCCAAGUACCAGUUCGAGGCCGACAGUGAGGAUGAACAGAUGGAAGACGAGAUCGAGCAGAACUUGGACCUGCUCGGCGGUGCCGCUGGCCGGCUGAACGGUCUUGCCAAGGCCACCGGCAAGGAGCUUGACGAGCAGAACCGUCACUUGGAUCGUAUUACUGGCAAGAGCGACUAUGUCGACGAUCAGAUUGCUAUGAACCGGGCCAAGCUGGACCGCAUCAAUUAA